CUUCAGCUUCUGUUUUGUACUAAAGAAGAUGGCGGCGUCCAAGGUGAAGCAGGACAUGCCUCCUCCGGGAGGCUAUGGCCCCGUUGAUUACAAGAGAAACCUUCCAAAACGAGGACUCUCCGGCUACAGUAUGUUCGGCAUUGGCGUUGGUGUACUGGUAUUUGGAUACUGGAGGCUUUUUAAAUGGAACAGAGAAAGGAGGCGGUUGCAGAUUGAGGAGUUGGAAGCCAGGGUAGCUCUUAUGCCACUGCUGCAGGCGGAACAUGACCGGAGGACCUUGAGAAUGAUGAGGGAAAAUCUAGAAGAGGAAGCCGUCCUCAUGAAAGAUGUCCCAGGCUGGAAGGUCGGUGAGAAUGUGUACCAUACAGAUCGCUGGAUAACACCUCCCUCAGAGGAGCUGUUCAACCUCAGACCCCGUGAACAGCUUCUCCACAAACGCUUUGGGUUCCAGUGGUAUGUUUAGCAUCUGUCUGGAAGGAUAUCGUACUGGACUGUCAAUGAAAUGACAGCCCCAUGCUGAACCUUGUAAAUGUACAAUAAAGUAUGAUUUUUCUGUAACGUAUUCAGAUUUACCCUUCUUUGAAACGGCCAAAUUAAUUGAUGCCUAAUUUUCUUUCAAGAAAUGUAACAUUGGAAAUCUUUGAGAAGUCCUUGAGAAAGGAGACUUAAAAAUUCAGGGGGGCUGUGUGACAUUCACUUAUCUAAAUUGAGCUCAAUCAUUUAAAAUGAUUAAGUAAAACCUUUAGGUAAAUGUACUUGCCGUUAUGUUAUCAAUUACGUAUAAUUAAUCUGUUCAUAUAGGUUUAUACUAGAGCUGGGUAUUGCCAGGUACCUCACAAUUCAUUUAGGUCUUGAUUUGUUAUCGUUCCAAUAAUACAGGCAGAUGACAUUUAGAAGUAACCCUUUCAAAAUGAAUUAACCAUUUCAUUGUGCUUUAACAAGCAAAAAGGGAAUACACCAUUGUAUAGUACUGUUCCUGAGCUAAACUUGGCAGCAUAAAAAUCAAAUGUAUAAGGGCAUGUACAUUUAGCCACUCGCUUCUAGAUUACAAUGGCUGCUUUUUUUAAUGUAAAUUAAAUUCUAGCGAAAUUCAAUUGAAAUAAA